CUGGUGAUAUUGUUAUGCUAAAAGAAGCUUAGCCCUGUGCCCACUGUUGAUAUGGCGGCGCUAGUUCGAGGCCUGCGUGCUGGAAGAGCCCUGCUGGGUUACAGCAGCGCAGUAGUGGUCCAGAGCAGCCCUCGUCCCCAGUACAGAGCACUGACGCGUGCCUUCCAUCGUGCUGCCAUCCUCAGAUUUACUGAUGACACCAAAGUUCACCAGAACACCCCGCCUCUGUCCGACCAUCAACACCAGCAAACCUGUGCUACUGAUGCUCAGCAGGAGGAACCGCAGUCUAACACCAGUUACCAGGAUCAGGGCGGCGAACAGGCGGAGGAUUAUGAGACCGAGGAGCAGCUCCAGUCUCGGAUCCUCACCGCUGCGCUGGAGUUUGUCCCCGAGCACGGCUGGACUGUGGAGGCCAUCGCUGCUGGAGCAGAGACUCUCGGCCUGUCAGCUGCCUCUGCUGGGAUGUUUAAUAACGGCGCAGGAGACCUGGUGCUACAUUUCAUCAGCCAGUGCAACGCUCAGCUCGCAGACAUCCUGGCAGAGCAGAAUAAUCAGGUCCAGCUUGGACAAGCAGAAAAGAAGAAAACCGACGAGUUCCUGAGGGAUGCAGUCGAGACCCGCCUCCGGAUGCUGAUUCCAUACAUCGACACUUGGCCGCAGGCGAUGAGUAUACUGCUGCUUCCUCACAACAUCCCAGACAGUCUGAAGCACCUCGCCACCAUGGUGGAUGACAUCUGGUACUACGCAGGCGAUCGCUCCACAGACCUAAACUGGUACACGCGCCGCGCGGCAUUAACAGGAAUCUACAACACUACGGAGCUUGUGAUGCUGCAGGACUCCUCCCCUGACUUUGAGCAGACUUGGACCUUCCUCAACAACCGUAUCAACGACGUGGUCACUGUGGCCAACACGGCGAAACAGGUGCAGUCAACGGGAGAGGCUGUAGUGCAGGGGUUGAUGGGUGCUGCGGUCACGCUGAAGAACCUCACUGGGUUGAACCAGAGACGAUAAACCAGUCUCCAGUCCUCCAUUUCAUCCACUCUUCAUCCGUUGUGAUCUGCAGUUGCAGCACGUUAUGAAUGUCUGUCUGACUGUCUGAUUAUUCUUCAUUGUGAGGAUCGCUUCAGUCACUUUGCUUUUAUUUUAAAUGUAGUUUGGGGAAUUUAAUUUGUCUGCUACAGUCAGCUGUGCCAAAGCUCUCAAGGUUGACUGACCUGCAACUCUGCUCUAAUCUAACGAAUCGAAUAUUCAGAUUUCAGAUGUUCCUGAAUACGAUGAUGGGCUUUUGAUUAGGUGUGGUAUAUUCAGGUCAGUACAUUUCCAUAGAGCAGGUUAAUCGGCCCCAGUUCAGACCCUGUGCACAUUAGCUUUGUGUUUUGCUCACUGUAUAAACUUUUUGAAGAAUAAAUGUAUAUUGUAUCUGCAAUUAAAGUUUUCUUAAAAUA